GCGCCUGAGAGGCAAUGCGCAGGGCACACUCAUCCCCGCUCUCUACAUCGCAAAGAAGAAACGACCGUGAUGCACUUCUAGCGACUAGCCUGCGUCUCUGCCAAUUUCCCAUUUAUUCUUUUUUUUUUUUUAAAUCAUUUGGAAGUCCGAUACUCGUCAUGAUUAUUUGUAUGAGGUUGUACAACGUCGCCUAUUUGACCCGUUCCGUCUGACAGAAUUAAAACGAUGCGGCAGCUUCUCGGGUACUAUUAGCCAGGCUAGUUUUCGGCUAGCAGCAAGUUAGUUAGCAAUAGCCGAGGCCAAGCUAGUCUUAGGAAAGGACGGUUGCCAAGCUACAUUCUCGGGUUUCGUGCUCCAUUCAUAUUUUACCUGUGGGUAAAACACUCCCGUCGGCUUGAGGCGAAGAUGCUUGUUGUUGGCGGUCGUGACUGAAGACGAUCGCUUGUCUGCUAACGAUUGUAGCCGGGCUCCAGCAAGACCAUGGCCGAUGAAAAUACUCAAUUUUGUGGCAACUGCAAACACGACAUUCCAGAGGCAAAUUUCACCACCCAUGAAAUCCACUGUAGAAGAAACAUCGCACUUUGUGAUGUGUGCCAGGAGCCGGUGCCGCGCUCAGAACUGCAGGAGCACAAGCAACAGGAACAUAUCCAGAUAACGUGCAAAUGUGGACUCAAGAUUAAUAAGAAUCAAAGUGAGGUUCACCAGAACUCCGAGUGCUCUCAGCGAUUGGUGGCUUGCCGGUACUGUGAGCUGGAGAUUGCCUUCAGUCAAUCCAGAGAGCACGAGGAUUACUGUGGAGCUCGCACCGAGCCCUGUCCGCAGUGCAAGUGCAAUGUCAUGUUGAGGGAAAAAGCACUGCAUCCAAUGUUAUGCGGCAGUCCCACGCUGCUGCAAGAGAGGAACAACAGCUACUCCGGUCGCAAUCCGGCAGAUCCCCCCCGUGUCUGGUUCGAAGGCCACUCCAUCCGAAACCCUCUGAGAACCGAGGAGCGAGGCCCCAAGGAAAACAACCUCAGUGCCGAAAAGCAUCAGGCUGCUCCGGCCGGUUUUGACUCCGCAUUUUAUAACACUUCAAGGGGACCAAAAGGCAGCGCCGACUGGAAGAAUAUUGCCCCGAGGAAUAUUUCGUCAAGCCGAUUAUCGGAACAGAGCGAGUUCCUGAGUCGCAGUAGUGCCUGGCCACUUCAAGACGAGGAUUCAUCAGGCCUCGACUACAUGUUGGCCCUCAGUUUGCAGACCGACGGCGAUUCCAUGGCCGGUGGUGGGGAGGCCAGUCUGUGGAGCGACAUCUGGGACCACACGAAGACAUCCGACAGCUCCGUCGGCUGUCAACUCCCCACGCCCAACAACAACUACCCGAACGUCCCCUCUCGUACAAGUGCACUUUUGGACCGGGAUCAAACGGACAUCAUGCUUCCCUGUGAGUUUUGUGAAGAGCUGUUUCCAGAAGAGGACCUCAUUUUGCAUCAGACUGGCUGCAGCCCCGCGUCCGCCUUUGCGUCCUUCAGCAAGCAGCCGCCGUCCCCCCCUAAAGAGGUCAGGAACGCUACGGGAAUGAUGCGUGGCCUUCCGAACACGCUGGCCUCCAACAUCCCCACCUUCCCGGGCUCCGUCUCGCCAGCCUCCUACAGUCCACCGGCCAGCCCACUCGAGGGCGACGUGAUGAUUCCGUGUGAAUUCUGUGGCGUGGCGCUGGAGGAGGCUGUCGUCUUUCAUCAUCAGGACAAAUGCGACAUGCGCCCUCAGACCGCCUUCCCGUUCAACAAUAUAACAAAAGCAUCUGUCAAAAAAACUCCUGCCAAGGACGCGUUUGGGCGGAUUUCUCCGGAUUUUCACCGCAGGAUAAAGCAACAAGGUGACUUUUUGGAGGACAAUCUAGGAAUUUCCGGCGAUCUCCCACCCGGACGACACCAGCAGGAAUUGCAGCGAGGCUACAUUGGGCGGCCGAGUCAGCGGAAAACGUCCAACUGUGAGGUCGCAGCGCAAAACAGAGCUCAGCACAGCAGAGAAGCCGAAGGGCCGCUGUCCUCUUUCUUGGACUCUGACAAGCCAGGCUCGGACUAUCUAAAGGGACUGCAUUCAACAGAGAAUAAAGAGGCCAGAGGAAACAGAAGGAAUGUGUUGACAAAGCUCCCGAAGAAGCAGAACGAAGACCAGCAGGAGGAAUGAGCGCCACAACAUAUAUACACACACACACACACACGUCAUUUAAACACAAGAAAGAUGCUUUAUUUGCGCUCUGCUUUCAAUUUUGGUCCAUGUUUGGCAAUCAUAAGUAUAUCUGAUAAGUGCCUGUGUCAGCAGCAACACCACUUUACAUGUAACAAUUAAAGCUCAUUUGAUAUUUUUUAUUAAUCUGAUACUCUAUAAUUUGUCUCAGCCGAUAUUAAAAUGUUUUUUUUUUAUUUGCUGUAAGCAUUUUUAUUUACCGUCCCUAAUUUGAAUGUCUUCAUGUAACCUUAAUGCAACUCAUUUUUGUGCGUUUUUAUACUGUUGUAUAUUCUUUCGUACCUUCGCUAAUACUUGAUGGUUUUUCAUCAUAUCCUUAGAAAUGUGUCUGAGCUGACAUUUCCAGCUGUCGCCUGUUCAGUCUUAAUUUCACGUUUCGCCAAAAGAUAGAAUAAAUAAAUGAUGUGGUUUUGUAUAAUAGAACUGCAACUACAGUAUGCUGUACUCUUGUUUCCACGUGCCACACGUCUGAAGAUCUGCAGCACAUCAUUAGUUCAAGUGAAAAUGAUCAUUUGAGUAAAAUCCAUAAUUCAUACCAGAGAGGAGUAAAUGAGUGGCAAAAUCUCCUGGUUUUUGGUGUCUGACCGUGCACGUGGAUGAUGGUUGUUUUGUGUACUGCGGCCAUCCCGACGCGCUCAUAUCUGUGAUUCUCCUUUGGGUGUUUUGUAAUGUCAAUAAAUGUUCACGGCUUC